AUGCCAAGAAAGUGUAGUGUACCUAAAUGCCGAUCAAAUUACGAUAGCACUACUGAACAUGUGUCCACUUUCAAAUUUCCUUCGGAUCCUGUACUCUCUCAGAAAUGGAUAAAAAAUAUUAAUCGCAAAGAUUUUGUACCUGGCAAACACAGUGGUGUAUGCAUUAAGCAUUUCGAAGAAGAAUUUAUCGUUCGAGAAGAUAAAGCUGUUCGUGAUGAUGGGACGGUAUUAGUAGUUCCUAGAACUAUUCCAGCUUUAAAAAAAGAUGCUUAUUCAACGAUUUUUCAAAACCAGCCAUCUUAUUUAUCGAAGAAACUUCCAACAAAAAGAAAAACACCGGAAGAAAGAGAAGCAGAAAUUGAUAUUCGUUGUGAUAAACAAUUUGAACAGUGGAAAAAGAAUGAUAUUAUUAGCCAUUUUGAAAACCUAAUAAAUGGUUUUGCAAAAAAAAUAGAUCCUCCCUCUUCAUGGAUAUUCAUUACCAAAGGAAAUUUUCAGACAGAUAACCUUGAGGGACGUUUCGGUCAAUUUCGACAAAUGAGUGGCUGUAAUUAUAAUGUAUCCUUACAGCAGAUUAUAGAGUCGGAAAAAAACUAA